AAUCAAAGCUCUACUAAUGUGGCAAUCAAAAAAAUAAAUAAGUAAAAGUCAUAACAUCAAAUCACACAAAGCUCACAAUUUAGAGUUGUUGGAACAUUUUUCAAAAUCAUAAAUGUUUCUAUCAAAUUAUAAAGUCUUUUCACUAGCCGUUAUAAUCGUUAAAUGCCUCAGUUCUCUUUUUUCUUUUUUUUUUUCAUUGCAUCAAUCUGUUGAUAACAUCUUAUGCUCAAUCGCUCAAUCAAAAUCCACAAAUUCCAGAAGGCCAUGAGCUUCUCUAAUUCUUCUUCCUCUUCUUUAUCUCUAAUAAUCCCACAUGCCUCUCAUGUUGAUCCCCAAGAACUCUCAAUCAUUCGCAGACUCGAUUCCUGCAAAUCCACCCGAGAACUCAAACAAGUCCACUCCUACAUCAUCAAAACAAAACCAACUCUUCAAACCCAACUCAUAUAUACAAAAUUCAUCUCUAUAUGUGCUACAUCUUAUAAUCAUACAGACCUCAGCUACGUCAAUGCCAUUUUCACCCAAGUUUCCAACCCAAGUAUCAGUGUAUACAAUGCCAUUAUCAGAUGCUUUUCUCGUUGCAAAAACAGCAAUGACUCGUUCACCGCGUUGUUGUUUUAUCGUGAAUUGCUCGUGAAAGGCUUGGUUCCCGAUAACUACACAUACCCUUUUGUUCUCAAGGCUUGUGCGCAAUCCCGUGCAUUGAGUGAAGGCCAGGAGGUUCAUGGGCAUGUAGUCAAGAAUGGGUUGGUGUUAGAUUUGUAUGUUAUGAACACAUUGAUGAGAAUGUAUGCUGUUUGUGGGGUUAUUGGAGCUGUUCGCAAGUUGUUCGAUGAAUAUCCUCAAAGAGAUUUGGUUUCGUGGACGACAUUGAUUCAGGGGUAUGUUAAGAUGGGGUUUUGGAAGGAAGGUGUCAAGGUGUUUUUUGAAAUGUGCGAAGCAAAUCUUCGAGCUGAUGAAAUGACAAUGGUGGUUGUCCUUUCUGCAUGUGCUAACUUGGGAGAUUUAAUUUUGGGUAGGAGGAUACAUGGGUAUAUGCGUGAUCAUAACAUGAAUUUUGAUGUCUUUGUUGGCAAUGCAUUGGUUGAUAUGUACUUGAAAUGUGGUGAUGCUGAUCUUGCUCGCAAGGUUUUUAAUGAGAUGCCUGUGAAAAAUGUGGUUUCUUGGAAUUCGAUGAUAUCAGGAUUGGCACAGCAAGGGGAAUUCAAAGAAGCCUUGAAUAUGUUUAGGAAGAUGCAAAGUAGAGGCGUGAAACCAGAUGAUGUCACUAUAGUUGGUGUGCUCAACUCAUGUUCUAAUCUAGGCAUGCUUGAGUUGGGGAAAUGGGUUCAUGCAUAUGUGGAUAGAAAUCAUAUAAAAGCAGAUGGGUAUAUAGGGAAUGCACUGGUAGAUAUGUAUGCAAAGUGUGGAAACAUAGAUGAAGCCUUUAAAGUCUUCAAUGGCAUGAAAUGCAGAGAUGUCUAUACAUACACGGCUAUAAUUGUUGGGCUAGCCAUGCAUGGUCAAGGAGGGAGAGCAUUGGAUCUAUUCUCUGAGAUGCCUAAAAUGGGCAUAGAACCGGAUAGCGUGACAUAUGUUGGUGUCCUCAUGGCAUGUAGCCACACAGGACUUGUGAGCGAAGGCCGUAAGCAUUUUUCACAGAUGUCAAGAGUAUACAACCUUGAACCUCAAACAGAGCACUAUGGUUGCAUGGUUGAUCUAUUGGGUCGUGCAGGGUUGAUAAAUGAGGCAGAAGAGUUUAUCAAAAACAUGCCCAUUGAACCGGAUGCUUUUGUUUGGGGAGCAUUACUGGGAGCUUGCAAGAUCCAUGGAAAAGUUGAGCUUGCAGAGAUUGUUAUGGAUAAACUUGUUAAGAUGGAGCCUGAAAGAGACGGUGCCUACAUACUCAUGUCAAACAUAUAUUCCUCUGCAAAUAAAUGGAGAGAUGCAAUAAAGUUGAGAAAGGCAUUGAAAGAAAAAAACACAAAAAAGACUCCCGGCUGUAGUUCUAUUGAAUUGGAUGGUGUGGUUCAUGAGUUCCGAAAAGGUGACAAGUCACACCAAAAAACUAAAGCAAUUUACAUAUUACUCGGUGAAAUUACAGGUCUUUUAAAGAAUAGUGGGCAAUGGGUACGUACUGAUGAACUUUCUUAACGGAACAAAAGAUGUCAUUUACAAUCGAUCUCUCUUUUCUUCUAUCUGAUAGCAUAGUGAGCAUCAAGCAUUUUGAAGAUUCAUCAUGGCCUGUUAGAGAUGAGCAAGACCUGUUGGAGAUGAGCAAGAGUUCUCGUAGCCUCUUACUCUCUUCGAUUCAUUUAGCGGAGGCUGGUGGUCUUGUCGUGUAAGUGUAUAACUUAAUAUGCAGGUCUUGUAAUUAAUUAAUGUCGUAUAUUUAUCACAGUCAAACAUAUCAAAAUGUUAAAAUCCCUAUUUGUUUUAAAUUUUUUUUUAGUACAUGUAAGUAUUAUGUGUACUAUUUGGGCGUUAUAUGUAAGUACAUGUAACUCCCAUUCAGAAGCUGCUUCAUUGUCUUCAAGGUUAACAGUAAUAUCAUGAGAUUUAGAAUG